UGGAUGAGAAUGUUAACUUUAUUUAGUUAGGAGAUCAUAUAAGCACUGUAGCAGACACAAUGUUAGAUUUAAGACUUUACGUAACACUGACUGUGACCAGGAAGUUUGUAGGAGAUGAGUUAUCGUUCGUCUUGUCUAGGCUUACCAGGAAAAACCAACAACACACCUCAUUCGUAGACACCAAAAUAUUGAAAAUAUCCCCAACAUCGUGACGACUGUCACAAGCCAUGGCAGAAGCUGACCCGAGUCCGGAAUACAGAUGUUUGAUUUGUACAUCACCCUACAAAGAUCCGAGACUGCUCCCCUGUGGUCAUACUUUCUGCUGCCAAUGUCUGACGUCAUACAUCGAAGCGGAGCACGUCACAGCAGACGAGAACCGGCACUACUUCCCUUGUCCUGUCUGUGAGGCGCCAAUUACUCCUGAUGACGUCAAUACAGCCGUUAGUACAUGGGCGACAUGUUUUCCAAGAAAAUGAUUUCCUUGUUGCCCCUACAGCACAGUCGUCUGAUGUCCAAUUUCUGUGCGCCUUGCCAACGGGGAAAAGAAUCGAACCCUGCUGAGGUCACGUGUACCGAGUGUGAUGAAAAGCUCUGUAAACAAUGCAGAAUUUGCCAUGAACGGAACAGGGCAUCAGCUACUCAUCGACUUGUCUCCAUCUCUGGGAACGUUGGACAACUUUGUGAUGUAAAAGUCUACGAAAUCUGCCACGAACAUAAUGGAAAACCCCUGGACGUGUACUGUGUAGACCACAGCGCUAUGUGUUGUAGUAUCUGUGUGUCGGUGUCACACAGACAAUGUAACAAUGUUAAACCAAUGGAGGAUGUGAUCAAGAAAGCAAUGGCUAGACAAAGUUCCGGUGAGACAGAGUGGAAGGAGCUGACAGAGGAAACAAAGAAGAUGUUAGACGAGGACGAUUUAGGGAUAAAAACGCUAAACGUAAAAGAAAAGGAAGUUUCAGCGGAAAUGACGAACAGGAUACAGAAAGCUAAAGACAAACUCGAUAGCCUCAACGCAAGAUUUCAAUCUGACUUGGCGGAUAAAUGCAGAACAUACAGACAACAGCUAUCGUCUCGACGGAAGUAUGUCAACACAUUCAACAUCAACGCGGAAAAUUCACAUCUGCUGAUGUCACGUUCAGAUCAACAGUUAUCAGAUCGUCACCGAUUUUUCGUGAGAGAACAAACAAAACAUCAGAUAUCGGGACAUUACCGGCGUAUGGAUCAAAACACAAAGAACGAACCAAAUAGGUUUGACAUCACACUAAAGCUUAAGGCAACGAUUGAUGAAAUCAUGAAAAUGACAACCGCGGGAAAUGUUGAUGUCACCUCGACACUUUCACCUGUGUCGCAGAAUGCAGAUGGCCGUAUAGGUUCCUUGAUUGGAACUUUGUUUUCGACGCCUUCAGCUACAACAUUUGAUGACUCGACUUCGACUUCUGACUUAAUGGGUUCUCUGCAGCAUCUGACAGUCCAGACUACUCCAGUAACGACAGCGGUGGAUGUAUGGACCGGGUCGGUAUCUUGUGUACAUACGGUUAACACCAGCACACUUGGAGGAGAGGACACGCCUUGGAUGAUGGGAGGCAUCUUUACUGACAACAAUGAAUUACUUAUCACAGAUUACCAUAACCGUAGACUCCUCCUGUUUGAUGAUAAAUAUUCCUACAGGAGAGAAUAUAAAGUUAACGGUUAACCUACAGAUAUAGCACGAGGACGUACU